AUGAUGUAUCCCUAUGAAAGAAAGCUUUAGUAAAGUUUUGUGGACUUACAAUGAUGAAUGGACACAACGGAAGAAAUAUGCCGCCAAUAAUACAAAAAUUUAAAUUUUUUUUCUUGGCAUCACUCUUUCCUAGCAUUUUUUCCUGAAGCAAUUGGAGCCCGGGCUUUUCUGGCUUUCUUGUGGGAAACGAAAUUGUGGUUUCUCUUUGACUUGUGCAUCUGAUACAGAAUAUACUGGAGAAUGGGAUACGAAUUAUACAGAGAAACGAAUACAAGACCCUAGAGUUGGUUGAUUUUUACGUUGACAGAGUCCAUACAACUGAAAGUUAUUUCACCAAACAUGUCUCUCUCUCUUUUUUUUAACGCGUGAUACUUCUUAUUCUGUUGUCGAAUGAAGAGCUAUCAUGAUGGAUAUUUGACUCAAGUUGUAUGACGUCCAAGGUCAUUUUUCAAUGCUUGUUCUCGUUGAGAACACAAGUUGUUUCUGGUCAAUCUCAAUAAAUCCCUUUUCCAUAGAAAGGUCAAUCAUCACUUGUCAUUUUGACUUGUGUAUAGACAAACACACUCAGUGGGAAGAAUGAUGAUGGCUUCCCUACCUGGUUUGAUAACUAGGCGUUCCUUGUUUGGUAUCAUUGCUUCCACUCAUAAAUACGCAAACCAUACUUCCUUUCCAAUAAAGGUAAUAUCGAACUUGGUUUCGAGUUUCCAAGGAAAGAGAAAUUUUGCAAGUUCCACAGAAACCACUGUUGGUACCAACCGCUUUAAUAACAUUCUAGUGGAAGCUCGUAGUGACCGAGUGGGGCUUAUUACUUUAAAUAGACCGAAACAACUCAAUGCCAUCAACGAAGAGACUCAACAAGAAGUCAUUCAAGCCUUGGAAGAGUUUGAUCGUGACCGUUCGAUAGGAGCUAUUGUAUUGGCUGGAAGUGAUAGGGCAUUUGCUGCAGGAGCAGACAUCGAAGAAAUGGCCCAUCGAAACUUUGUUCAAGCAAGAAAAGUGGAACAAGGAGGUUGGAUAGAUAAAGUUUAUGCCAUCAAGAAACCUAUCGUUGCGGCAGUUAACGGAUAUGCUCUUGGUGGUGGUUGUGAGUUGGCUAUGGCCUGUGAUAUUGUUUUAGCAGGACAAGGUGCAUUUUUCGGUCAACCAGAAGUACAGAUUGGCACUAUACCUGGUUGGGGUGGUACGCAGAGGCUUAUUCGUGCUGUUGGAAAAGCCAAAGCAAUGGAAAUGAUUCUAACUGGAAGAAGGAUGUCAGCUGAAGAAGCAGAAAGAGCUGGACUUGUAGCUCGUGUGUUACCAACAGAGACAUUGUUGCAAGAAGCUAUAGAAGUAGCAAAAACUAUCGCAAGUUACUCGGAUACUGUAGUAGCAAUGGCUAAAGAAUGUGUCAAUGUUGCAGAUAAUGUGCCAUUAAACCAAGGUCUUGCUUACGAAAGAAGACUGUUUCAUUCAACCUUUAACUUGAAUGACCAAAAAGAAGGCAUGAAAGCAUUUAUCGAUAAGAGACCAGCCAAAUGGUCUUACGAUUAAUGGAAAAUAAAUAAAUAGGAAUAAAAUAUGUGUUGUUUAUUAUCUUUUUGUUUUU